AUGGCGGUCCAUGAAGAAGAAGAAGAAGAAGAAGAAGAAACAAAGGUGGACAGGCUAUCAGACAUGCCGGAAUCCCUGCAGCUUCACAUUCUUUCUUGUCUUGACGCGUGUCAUGCCGUUGGAACAUCGGUGUUAUCGAAGUCAUGGGGUUCUUUGUGGACUCGUGUUCCCAUUCUCAAUUUCAGCUCCUAUGAGGGUUUUAAACAUCUCCAUGUUUUUGAUGACUUUGUCGUUAAUGCUUUAUCCCAUCGCGCACCCGUGACGUUGGAUAGAUUAACCUUCAAACGUGAUGGAAAAUGCAGCGCCAAGCUUUUACAAACUGUUUUUGAUUACGUGUUUUUACACGGUGUCCGAGAAUUGGAAGCACACAUCGUACAGACUAUACGUGACCACGAGAGCUGGACUUGGCCCAUCUGGUCAUCGGAUUCGUUAACAAGCUUCAAGUUACGGUGCAAUUUUGUUGUGGGUUGUCCGUAUUUGGAACCAAGAUCAGGGUCAUUCAAGAAUCUCACCACUUUACAUCUCCAAGGUGUAAUAAUCAAGGAUCUUGAUAUGUUCUCAGGGUUUCCAGUGCUUGACAAGUUAAGAUUGCUCCAUUGUUUUGUUAAAACAAAUGGCAAGGCUUUGCGUGUACACGCUCUGCAACUUUCAGAAUUCACCUUCUUCUUCCGCAAUCAGAAUGUGAAUUGCGGUGUGUAA